AUGGAUAAGACCAAGAAAAAGAACCAUGUAAAUGGAAAAUAUAAGAAAAGCCCAAAAUCAGAUAGUGACGAUGUUAUAACGACAUGUUGUCUUUGUAUAAAAACAAAGAAAAGUAAGAAGAAAAGCUUGAUCGCAGGGUGUAUCACAAAUCUUGGAAUUUUCAUAAUUCUUCUAAUAUAUACGUUGCUAGGAGCCUUCAUAUUCUUAGCCAUUGAAGGGGGCGCUGCGAAAAUACAUCAAAAAACAUUGGCAACAACUUCUUAUCAGGCCAGUGAAAACAAAAAACCCAUAGCAUUGUCUAAAGUAAAUAAUAGCAUCGCACAAGCUUCCGCUGAAUUGAGAUCGCAAACAGUUGAAAGUAUUUGGGAGAUAACAGUCUCCCUAAACAUUUUAUACAAAGAAAACUGGACCAGACUGGCAGCACAAGAAAUUGCGCGAUUCCAGGAUAAAUUAGUUGCUAGGGUUACCGCUGAUGUAACAGAACAGUACGGUGGUGCAAGAACCCUGGAAUCCGUACCAGCUUAUAUCAUAGAUGACUAUGAAUGGAAUUUUUCCAAAGCCUUUUUGUAUUCGUUGACGGUUCUUACAACUAUUGGGUAUGGUAGCGUUGCGCCGAAGACAGCUUUGGGAAAAAUCAUAACAAUCGUGUACGCAGUCAUUGGAAUACCAUUAACACUUUUAUAUUUGUCUGUAGUUGGAGCUCUGUUAUCUAGGCUAGCAAGGAGCAUAUUUAGCAGAGCAUUAUGCUGCUGUCUCUGUGUUAAGUGUGGAUACUGUUGUCUGGAUGAAAAUGUCAUUAUUACUAAAGAUCGAAAAGAAAAAGUGAGACGGCCUGAUGAUUUUAGAACUCAAACGCUGCACUUGCAAGAACCAUAUUAUGUUAGGUCACCAUCGGGCACAAUUAUAUCAGCGUCACAAGCAAAUAGCCUUAGUACUAAUUCGAUUAAGGACAAAAACGUGGGAUUAAAUUUUCUCAGGGACUGUGAUUCUAUGAGUUGCACGGACACAGAUUCGAAGGUUUCACUUCGUGGGUUUUCGAUUUUAGCCCCUAUUUCCUUAUGUCUUGCGGCUAUUUUCACGUAUAUUUCAUUUGGUGCUCUUAUAUUGUACCAGUUGGAAGGUUGGAGUCCAGUUGACGGUAUUUACUUUUGUUUUAUGAGCCUGAGUACUAUUGGUUUCGGUCAUCUGGCGCCAGGUGUCACUCAGAGGAACGGUGCAUCUUCUGGCACGGUCUGGUUCUGUUCUAUUUACAUUAUAACCGGUCUCGCUCUAACCGCCAUGUGUUUCAACAUACUGCAUGAUGAAAUCGUUCAUAGAUUAAGACACCAAGAAAAGUUUGUCCGAAGUGCAACCCAGAAAGUUCUGACCCCGGAGUUCUUGCAGCGUUCUUGA